CUUUUGGUGAUGUUGUGUGAAGGACUUUGAAUGGGGCCGAUAUAAAACAUGCGGAUUCACAUUUCCUUUGUGUGGAAAUUAUUUGGGGGCGUGUUUGCGCUUCUUUCAUUGAGUGGUGGUCAAGUUUGGGGAGCUUCAUUCUAUGGAGAUGGCUUUGUGCUUCUGAAAACUGUCGAGCUGUCCAGUCAAACAUCUUUCCAUGUGCGGUUUCGAACAUCUGGAUCCAAUGGCCUGCUUUUCCUGGCGGCUGGAGAGACAGACUUCCUCUGGGUGGGGCUGCACUCCGGCCGAAUACAGGUACGGAUUGAUCUUGGAUCUGGAGAACUCACUCUCCGGUCUGACAAGAGCAUUGCUUUGAAUGACCUCACCUGGCACACAGUAGAACUUGAUCAUGAUCAUGACAACAUCACGCUUACUGUGGAUAAAACCUCCCUCAGCACUGUUAAGAUGCAAGGGUCCGACUUUGAACUGAGCAUCCAGGAUGGACUUUUCGUCGGCGGUGUCCAGGAUCUGAAUAGACCAUACCUCUCUGCACACCAGACAUUUGGCUUUCGAGGUUGUUUGGAUGAAGUUUUCUUUAAUGAACAUAACCUCCUCUCCUCUCUUAGGCCUUACGCCGGAUACAAAAUGAUUCACGAAGCGUCGCUUGGCUGCAGCCCACAGUUUUCAGCCACUGUGAACGACUCAAUGAGUUUUUUCAGUUCCAAAGCGUACAUGACUCUGCCUACAUGGGAAGUGCCGCAAGAAGGCGUAUUUGAAUGUGAACUGCAUACGUUGCAUUCAGAAGGGAUUCUUCUGUACUGCUCUGCGGGCCACGGUAACUACAUUGCCCUGGAAAUUGAAGAGGGACACCUUGUUGCAGUUGUUAAAAUAGGUGGAAGUAAAACAGUAUUACGUUCCUUCAUGGCUAUCGGUGAUGGGGGAUGGCAUACGUUGAGACUCUAUUUGUCCCAUAUGAAUCUACAGUUUACUGUGGGUUUGGAGAUGCACAAUUCGAGCUUUGGCGUAAAUGUCAGUACCUUAAAGCUUACUGGACCUCUUUACCUCGGUGGGGUGAAUUUUGACACAUAUGCAGAAGUACGUAAGAAUGGACUGCUCUCUACGGUUGCUAAGCGUAUCGGAGGAGGGUCAUUCAAAGGCUGUCUUAGAAACAUCCGCGUAAAUUAUCAAAGGACGGGACUUCCGAGAGCAUUGGUCACUAAGGAUAUUUCUGUUGGUUGUGAAGCACGAACGCAGCUUGGACCCAGUAACACAAGUCUAUUAAUAGUUACUACAGAUUCUGAGGCAGACAAGCGACAUUUUCCUUUGCUUAAAGAUUUAGAGAUUCUCGAGGGCGGAUGUGCGCCACUGGAGCCGAAACACAUUAGGAUUAACCUGGAGUUCAGCAAAUUUGGGAUUCAUCAAUCCCAGGUUAUGUUCCGCAUCCAAGAGCAGCCGGUGCACGGGCAACUCCGUCUGGACGUCGCCUCCGAUAUGGAGGAAAACACCUUCAGUAUGCAGGACCUCUGGCACGGCAGGGUCAUGUAUGUCCAUGGAGGCUCCGAGGACCUACUCGACUUUUUCAAGUUUUCCAUCUUCACCAGCAGCAAAAAGGAAGUGCCCGGUUAUCUCAAAGGGAACCGCCUGCACAGAUUUAACAUCAGUAUCACGUCCGUCAACGACGCCCCCGAAUUAAGCCUCCCAGAGGGCAGUCUCUUCAUUUUGCUGGAGCACUCAAAACGCCGUUUGACCACGGAUGUCCUCAGGGUCAUUGAUCCCGAUACUAAUUCCACAGAUCUGAUAUUCUCAGUCCUUGGUAACCUCAAUGCCCAAUCAGGCUUUUUGGAGGUCGAGGAACGUCCAGUGACCUCAUUUACCCAGCAUGAUCUUGAGCAAGGUAAAGUGAGUUACGUCCACAAGGGUGUCAAGAACUCCAGAAUGGCUCUCAGGGUGAGUGACGGAGAUAAGGUGAGCAACACCGUGGUGUUUAGGAUCAUGGCUGUUCCCCUGAAACACAAAGUCACCAACAACACUGGAGUGGAGGUAACCCAAGGCGGCGCAACAUGUAUUACGAACAAACAUCUAGCUGUUCAAGUGAAUGUCGCUAAACAGUCGGUCGAGAUUCGCUAUGAUGUCACAGUGCCACCAAUGUAUGGAGAGCUACAAAGACUUCAUUCUAGUGGGCAGUGGAAGCCAACGACUACAUUUACACAGAAGCUUCUUGAAAAGGAGCGUCUUAGAUAUCGCAGCACCUUCCACGGGACCCAGCAAAGUAACGUCACCGACAGUUUCAAAUGUAAAGUCACCGUCAGCUCGCUAACUACGGACGAAUUGUUGUUUAUCGUGAAGAUACGUUGGAUUCGUUACAAAAUCCCCAGAAAUAAGAUCGAGACUGACGGUGAGCACAGAGUAAUAUUGACACCUCAAGAAUUCCACAUUGUCACCAAAGGUGUAAGACUUCCAGAAAGCGACCUUCACAUUCGUAUGUUGACAUUACCCAGAAAAGGAAAUCUGUUUCUAGAUAAUACUAUUUUAAAAAAGAACUCCACGUUUACUCAACAAGACAUUAGUGAUCAUAAAUUACAAUAUGAGGUAACAGAAAAGCCUCAUGAGGAUACUCGAGACGUGUUUCACUUUCAGGUGUUCUCGAAAUUCGCCAUGUCAGGAAUUCUUGAGUUCAGAAUCAGUAUCAAAGCAAAUAUUCAUGAAUUGGUUUUAAAUAAUCAUGGACUUGCUCUUUUGGAAGGGGAGAGCAAGGUCAUAACUAAAGAAAUGCUUUACUCAGAGACACCCAUCAAUGGAGAAAUACACUACAGUAUCACCAGCACCCCUAAACAUGGAAUGUUAAAGAAAAUAUUGCGCUCUAACUCCUCCUUCAGCAGUGACAUCAUAACGUUCACCAAUCAGGAUAUAUUAGAAGAAAGUAUCUUGUAUGUCCAUGAUGAUAGUGAAACCACACACGAUGCGUUUACGUUCCAGGUUACAUCUGUUGACUCUCCCAAAACGAAGACCGGUGGCACGGAGGGCACCUUUAAUAUUUCCAUCCAGUUGGUUAAUGAUGAGAAACCCAUCCGUGUUGUUGAUAAAGUGUUUCAUGUUGUACGUGACAGCCAGCGGUUACUUUCACUGGAAGACCUGUGCUAUCAUGAUCCCGAUACUGACUUUGAUGACAAAGACCUGCUUUAUACCAGACGAAAGAUCCCAAUGGGUGAGCUUGUCCUUGUAAAUGACACCACACACAAGCUUUAUCAAUUCUAUCAGAAAGAUUUAGAAGAGAGAAGAGUGCUGUUUGUUCACAAAGGGGUGAGUUACGGUCGGUUUGUCCUCUUCGUAUCGGACGGAAAACACUACACAUCGACAUUACUUGAGGUCUCCGCUCAGGACCCAUAUGUAAAGGUGGUUAACAACACUGGUCUGUUGGUCCAAAAAGGUCAGAUGGCCAUCUUAAAGUCGGAUCAUUUCAGUAUAAUCACUAAUGUAGAUGUUAGGCGUGAUGAGGAAGUUGUCUUUGAGGUGUUUCAACCACCAAGCCAUGGGACUCUUUACCGCAACAACAUCAAAACAAAUACUUUUACACAGCACGACUUGAAGAUGGGCUACGUGAUGUAUCAUCACGAUGACAGCGAAAUCCUGGCCGAUUCUUUUAACUUCACCAGUAAGGUGAGAGGGGUCCAGCUGGAUGUGAGCGUGGCUGUUAAGGUGUAUCUUGAGAGCCAUCAACAGCCCCCAAAAGUCAUCCACAAUAAUCCAAUCCUGGUGGAGGAGGGAAAACCGGUCAAAGUCAACAAGAAGGACCUCAAGGUCAUUCAUGAGGAUAACACACCUCAUGAGAUCAUGUAUACUGUGAAGACGGCACCAGCUCAUGGUUUUCUGCGGUCCUCUGCUCUAGAAGAAGAUCACUACCGUGGUAGUCCGGAGAAGCCCAUCAUAAGCUUCUCACAGGCUGAUAUCAACGAAGGACACAUUCAGUACGUCCAAACGAAACAUGGAAACAUUAAUGACUCUUUCUCGCUUGACGUGACCAAUAGCAUUCUAACGGUGUACAAUCUCAUAGUCUCAGUGGAUAUUAUACCACAGCACAUCACUUUAGGGGUGUCUAAUGUGACUCUGAAAGAGGGUUCAUCUAAAGCCCUCACUCAAGACGUCAUCAAAGUCACCAGCAGACACUUUCAUGGAUUCCAGCUUGUUUAUCUUGUGACUGUGGGACCUUAUCAUGGUCAGAUUGAGCACUCGAGGACCCCGGGUGUUCCCAUUCCAUCCUUCACCAGAGUUCAGGCUGAACAUGGGUUUAUAUUCUAUGUCCAUGAUGGAAGUGAGACCAGGGCUGAUAAUUUUACAGUGGUGGCCAAUGAUACGGAUCUCAGGAAGCACAGUUUGCCUUUUAUUGUUUAUGUCAAUAUAACACCCAUAAAUGAUGAAGCCCCAGUUGUAACUGUCAACAGAAACCUCAAGGUGUGGAAAGGGUCUGUGACAGAGAUAACUACCGAAGACCUUAGCUCUAAUGAUCCAGAUUCUCCUCCAGAGACACUAGAAUUCAUCAUCACACCACCAAAUAAUGGGCAUGUGGCCCUGAAGAGCGCCCCCUCCAGACCAAUUCUGAACUUCACACAGGAGCACAUCAAUCACGGCCAGCUGGUGUUUGUACAUAGUGGUGCCGUGUCAGGAGGAUUUCACUUUCAAGUCAAUGAUGGGCUGAACUUUGCUCUAAGACAGAUCUUCAGUGUCACAGCUCAAUCUCUGGUCAUAAGCUUGGAGAAAAAUGAAGAGCUGAGAGUGCUCCCAGGUUCUUCAAAGUUUAUUUCUGAAGACGAGCUGUUGGCAAUCACAAAUGACUAUGGUGAUAUUACAAAUCGCACCAUCACCUAUACUGUGACCUCUCCUCCAAGAUACGGCAGACUUAUGGCGAAACAAAUGGACAAUUCCACACAAGAAAUCUCUUCCUUCACCCAAACCAUGGUGAAAGAAGAAGCUGUACUGUAUGCACAGACUGAACCUGUUGCAUGGGCAGCAUCAGAUUCCUUCACCUUCACUGUCUCCUGCCCUCCAUCAUCUCUGCAAGCUCACACCUUUAAUAUCCACAUCUCUUAUGAAAAUACAGACAAAGAGCACACGAGUGCGCUUCAUGCAAACACUGGUGCUGUUGUCGCUGAGGGUAGUAGUGUUCUCAUAGACGAAUCAAAGCUGGAUGCCUCCAACCUUUUGGGAAAGCUAGAUAACGCAGAACAGCACUUUUAUGAAGUCUGGUACGAAAUCACUUCUCCGCCGCAGCACGGUACAAUUGUUGUCGGUGAAUGGAAUCAUACCCAUGAAAGAUCAAAGUUCUCACAAUUCAACCUCCACAAGCAUGGAAUCAUAUACGUACAUGACGACUCGGAGACCACUCAUGAUAACUUUACAUUUGACGUGUGGCUAAACCCCAGAGGCAAGCCUGCUGAACGACCCCAGAAUGCAGACCAUGUGGUAUCCGAAUUGUUUAAUAUCACUGUGACCCCUGUUAAUGAUCAACCUCCCGUGCUCAAGACAGGAACCCCCAAACUCAAAGUGGUCUGGGGGGACACGGUGACCUUAGACCCUGAAUAUCUUUAUGUGGAGGACCAGGACACCCCACCUCAAGAGAUUCAUUAUACAGUAAUCGGCAAGCCCAAAAAUGGAUUCCUUGCUUUCAAAGGUCAACUGAAUAAGUCUGUUGUUACUUUUACCCAAGCUGAUAUAAAUGAUAGAAGGGUGCAUUUCAUUCAAAAAGGAGAACCCUCCUCAGGGGUAAUCUACCUCAAUAUCACUGAUGGAUUUCACAGACCACUCUAUAAGCUCUUCAGUGUGGAGGUAGAGAAUAUCACCAUCCUUGUGGUCAACAAUACUGGACUGACUCUGUUGCAAGGUCAAAUGACAGUGACUCUGACACUUGAGCAGCUGGCUGCAGUCGCCAAUGAGAGAAACGCAUACAUUAAGUAUUUAGUUACGACCCCACCAAGUCACGGGACUCUCAUAGUUAUGGAAAACCCAGUCACACAUUUUGACCAAGAGGACCUGCGCACUGGCAUAGUGUUGUAUCGCAUGACUGACCCGUCGUCCUAUCAGGACAGCUUUGAGUUCACUGUCUUCACAUCUGAGACUAACCUGACUAACCAAGUGGUAAACAUCACUGUCCGGCCACUGAUCCAUCUUGGAGAGCAUGUUAGGAUCCCAAACGGCAUCCCGGUGAAGCUCAGAAAAGAUGUCCUUGAUGCAACCGAAUUGGCCUCCCUUAGUGGUAGUGACCCUGUAUUUGAAAUCCUUGAGCCUCCGAAACAUGGCAAGCUAGUCAAGGUUACAUUUGGCCUUGGGGGAGCGUCUCAUUCAGUGGAAUCCUUUUCAUUCAGGGAUGUGGAACAGGGACGAGUGGCCAUUGAGGAAAACAUCAACUUCACUGCCGUUUAUGGCAACACAACAGCAGGCAGGCACAAUGUCACUGUGCUCCAUCCACUUAGUGACUCAUUUGUUUUCCUUUUGAAGGCGGCCAAUGUUCAGCCUGCCGUGGGGGAGUUUGUGUAUGUGGUAUUACCCUAUGACCCUGUUACAGGAAAGCACCUACUUUCAGAGCCACCUCUGUGGCCAACCAGGUUGCCGACAUUUAACAGAACAACAAAUUUGAAGUCACCCAUGUACCCUCCAUCUCAUACUGGUCCGACAACAAGACCCCACAGAACGGCUGCCAAGGUGAAACCUCGAAACCGCUGGGGGAACCACACACGAAGCAGAUCCACCAUUCCACACGUUUCCCGUACUACAAUUGGUAAACUGGGUCCUUCUCCAAAAAAUACCUUAGUCAGAAUGGAGUCCCUACCAAGACCUGCGUCUGAUCCACUGCUUAUCAUUCUUCCACUUCUUGCCUGCCUCCUGCUGAUUGUCAUCCUUGUGGUUCUCAUUCUUGUCUUCCGGCACCGCAGGGAAAAGCGGGCCCACCCAGCAAUGAUCCAGGAUCUGACGGAGAACCCCGGAGAAGACAUUUUAGCCAGAAGCCCAUAUCUGGGUCAACCUGAGAGAAGUCUCACCGUUCCCUCUGUAAUAGUAACUCCACUUACUCCGAGUUGCCCCGGCAGCCCUCUUUUGGACACCGUACACGGCGGAGCAUUGUUGCCUGCGAUUGAACGAGCUGUGUCGCCGUUUCUCCUUUGCACAUGGAGUCCACUUGACCCAAAUUCUGUCCAGCAGUGUUCCCCAGCGACACCACCCCUUAAACAAAACCAGUACUGGGUUUGACACAACUCUUUUAUUCCUACCAGAACAUUGUGAACCAGUCAAUGAACAGGAGGAAAGCAAGCUUCUACGUACAUUAAGGUACUCAGAAAACCCACCGAUUCUACUACUAUUCAACCUUGUAGACUGAAGGUCGGUUGAUGUAGUAUUAAGGGAAAGAUUCAUCACCAAAUAACUUGUGCAUAAAUUUUUAAUGUUAGUUUUCUUCAGCUAUAGCCAUGGGCGUCGCUAGGCCAUUUUUAAGGAGGCUUUAGCCCCACUAACAUUUCUACUCAGCCCCCCUAAAAAUUCUGCGAUUCUCCAUAAACUGUACACAAAUUUGUGAUCAAUAUGGAAAUGGCAGACUUCAGUUCCUCCCCGUCUUUCAGCAUCGCAGAGCGAGGAUCAGAGGACAAGACAAGGUGUGUGUUUUUCGAUAGAUUGUUAUAACAUCUGCAUCUGUGCAGUUCUUUGUCAGUAAUACAGUUUACAAAAUGUCAUGGGGGAGUAAUAGGUUUACUGCAAGUUUUCGCAGCGUUCACCCCUCAUUACACCACAGCUGUUUCUUCCAACGAAAAUGAAGCCCUUAACACAUAUGAAAGUAUAGUCUUCUUUAUGAAACAAUCAUGUUGUUGCUGUUUUCAUUUGAAAACUUAACUUUUAAUAUAAAACAUGUUACAGUGCAUGUGGCAUUAACUGACUCCAGCCUCAUAGAUGUGUUGUUUAUAUUGCUAAUAUGGAUAGUCAAUGUAAGUUUGAAGUUACAGUAUAUGUUGUUUUCUGGUUACAUUUUUCUGUUUGUACUUGAACAUAGAAAGAGGUUUGUACUAGAAAUGCAAAUAGUGAAAUUUUGUAUUUAUACAGUAAACAGCUAUGUGUGUGUGUGUGAUAAGGAAGACUCGUAUUUGGCCUGUUCAUAAUCAAAUGUUAUACCCAUCUAUGCAAUACAGUGGAAUGCUGCAAUAAGUUUACCAUCCUACCCUGUUAGUCAAACGUUUAUUUUGUUUAUUUAUUUUUUACCAUUUAUACCCUCACUGGGGGCUGCGCCCCCCUUAAAUGAAAAUCCUAGAAUCGCCCCUGGCUAUAGUUUAGAUCUUUUGGAGUUUUUUUUUAUUAUAAAAUGACCAUAAGUUAUUAGUACCGGGUCAAAAUGUCUUGCACUCACUUUUUUUGCAGUAUACAAUGGAUAGAAUGGGUUAGCGUGGUUAAUACAGUUCACUGAAAACAGUUUAAGCAGAAUGUUAACAUCAGAUCAGACAUUUUGCCAAGGUUUAGAGGAAAGCAAACUAUAAAGUUUAAUAUACAGUCUUCUUGGUUUUAUAAAACAUUAAUAUACACUCUUAAAAUAAAGUUG